CGCAAAUUGAAACGAGUCGGCCGUCGUGGAUGAGGUCCGUCAGGGAAGUCAAUUGUUCUUUGGCGCUCGGGACGGACGAAGCAACCACCGCGAUCGCAACGCCCCCCGACGGUAUUAUCCGCGUCGUGCUGUACAUGGUCUUCGUUUCUGGCUUGUACAUCCCCAUCGUGAUUGGUCUCUAUCUACGCCACCGACGUAACCCCGCGAUCCGGUAUCGAAACCCCAUCGAGAUGGCCGUCACCGCCAUUUGGAUCUUUCUCUAUUGUUGUGCCCGUUGUGCAGGGGCGCUGUUUGUCGACAGCAUUCCCUGUGCGACUCGAUACCUGUCGUUCGGAGUUCCCCUGCAAAUGGCGCUCCUGGGGUACUUUUUGGCCGAGCUACGCGUGGUCGUGACAUUCAAACUCACGGAGCUCAUGGUGGCGCAUUCCAAUCGCAAGCGUGUGAAUGAGACCAACAUGAUGCUCAUGCGAACGUUUCUGCACCACGGAUGGACUUCCGCACCGCGAGUCUUCAUGCACGCCGUCGCCAACUUGCCGCUGUUCGUCGUGCUGUACGCACCAGACUACAACCCGUGCGACUUGUCCGUUUGUCCGACUCGCGUCGUGGACAACGUGACGUUUAUCUUGUACGGGGAGUUCGGCGCCAUGGUGGUCGUGACGUUGAUUCUGGCGGUCCUUGUGCGGACAGUCGUCGAGAACUUUGGCCUUCGGCUUGCGUUUCAACGAAGUGGGCGGGUCUUUCUCUUGGGUACGACGCCUCCUGACUACGUCGACGACGGGACACUGAAGUGCGUUGGUAUAGCGUAUACAAUUUACGUCCCGAUCUUGGUCGUACACUACGACAACGACACGUUGGCGAAGUGGCAUGUGGACGUGCUGGUCAACGUGGCGCUCGGCCAUGCGUUUAUCGGGAUACACAUCGUCCAUCCGUUGUGGGAGUCGUACCUGGCCAAGUCACUGCCGGUUCGAGCGCACGUGGCAGGAACCGUUGGCAUCCUGGAUGCGUAUUUGCAAACGAACGACGGGUUUCGGGACUUUUCGACGUUUGCCAAGUCUGAGUUCAUGUAUGAGUGCGUGGUCGCGUGGAAACACUUGGCGGACUUUCGUCUGAUGACACCGACACACUUGUCCGCCGCGGACAUUUACGCGAUGCACAUUGCGCCGCGCGCGCCGCUCUCGCUUGCAAACAGUGUUCCGUCGGAUGUCCUGAAACGCUAUGACAUGGUCUUUCAAGCCAACCACAAGUACGCUGUCAACGAUUCCAGCGUUGGCGAGUACGACAACAAGUUCUACGACCCCUUGUUGAAGCAUGUGCGCGACCGACUUAUCCAGGAAACGCUGCCUCGAUUCCAACGGCACCCGAUGGGCGCCGGGUGGGCGCAGUUUGUGACCCAAUACGCGAUGAUCCACGCGCUAGACAAACUCUUGGUUGGCGAGAGUAAGGCGCAAACCACCCAUACGAACGCGUCCACGCAGUCCAAAAAGAAGAAGCGUUCACUCGAGUCCGUCAAAACCGCCGGACGAUUGGUGCCGAUAGCUAGUGAAAGGGACAGUGUCGAUGCUCCCGACCGCACCAACAGCGAUCCUUCUACUUGAA